AUGUAUGCAAAGCGUCCGGCCUUCUCCUUAACGAAUGGCAGACCUCGUAAGGGAAAGGAGGGCAAGGAUGUGAAGGACAGCAAAGGCAGGGAGAAGGGGGAGAAGGAGCAGCCACAGGCAGUGCGAAGCAAGUCCUUGGCUGAGUUGCUAGAAGAGGAGGAGUCUGGUCGAGGGCCGAAGCUGGAAGAAGCCUUGCUGGCGGUUUUUAGGCUCAUCGACGCUGAUAACGGGGGCACCAUCUCAAAACUGGAGUUCAUCGGGGCCGUAUAUAGACACGCGCUAGUUGCCUCGUUCGUGUUGCAAGGUCAUGGUUUGAGCCCGGAGCUGCAAAGCGACUCCAACGGGCAGGUGGCCAUCAGCGAGCAGAGCUUCGACGCAGUCGAUGAGGUCUUCGAUAGUAUGUCUGGCGGAAGCGCGCGAGUCAAGUACCCCGAGUUUACGGCUUACUUCCGGAGGGUAGCAAAUGUAUGCCUUGCGGCACAGACUGAAGAAAAACAUAUGAAAGAUGUCUUCAGCUCCAUCGACGCAGAUAGCAACGGCUCCUUUUCUAAGCUGGACAUGGUGGCAGCGAUGCAGAGCAGCGCACGUGUAGCCUCCUACUUGCUGCCGGACUUGGAUGCCCGGAAGGUCUUGGAGGAUGAGCGAAGCUACGACGCUGUUUGCUCUCUGUUUGAUCGCAUAGCUGCAGGAAGACCGUACGUGCAGUGGCAGGAUUUCAAGACUUUCUGCCUGCACACGCGCUUCCAGAAAGCAUGGGAUUCGAGCCCCUCCACUACAUGCUCCAGCCCUCUGAGCCCUUCUAGCCCUGGAUCCCCAGAUGACAGGUCUAGAGCAAGGCUCCUGAUUAUAGCGCCCGGUUUCGGGAGGGAGCGCCAUCCCCAGCAAGCGGCGCUGCUGGCACAAGCAGGCUUUCAGAUCCAUUGGUGCCGUGACCUGCCCGAAUAUGCAGACGAAGGUGCCAGGCUGACAUACCAUGCGGUUGCUCCCUACCUCAACAAGAUCCGAGACGAGAUAGUGAACGUCCAGCCAAGUGUUGUUCUCGCGGCUUCCCAGGGCGGUGCAUACUUGGUCGGCUUGUGGCAGCUGGGGUACUGGCAUGGUCCCUCGGUCUUGCUGAAUGCCCACCCCAGCCUGCCCAUGCGGCUACCCGCCGCGGCUUCCAUUGUGAUUGCACACGGCUCCAAUGACGAGGCGUAUCUCUGGCAGCGGGCAGACCUCGAGGAGCUGAUGACCACAGGGCCAGGAAACCGGACACUCCUUUACUACACCUCGAACAGUGGCUAUCUCGCCUCUGGCUCCCUGACUCGUCUUGGGGAUCGGCAUGUCAUGGCCUCCGUGUUGCAGAACAACACGCUCCCGAGGCUGGUAGACGCGGCCCUUAGUCCCAUAGGCCCAGAGCUGCACCUGAUCCAGUCCUGGCGCAACCAACUGAGCGACCUCCGCUUAGAUGCCCAGCACUACCUGGGCUACUCUUUGGAGCGACUUAGGAGACUCUGGACGUCGCCCGGACGAAGGGGAAGAGAUGAGCCGCUCAUCGGGGUGCCCCCAAACUCCGAGGAGUUCCGGCGAGUGGCGGCCAUCUUCCGGGCCGCACCUGUAGAGCCGCCCGCUUACAUGCUCUCCUCCCAGGCCAGCUGGGAAAGAGUUCCGAUCCAUAAGAUCGAGCGAGUCGAGAACGGAGGCCAGAUGGAGUGCAGCACCAUCCCGUACAGGGAUGGCCUCCGGAAUUCCUUGCGGGAGCAGGGGGUAGACUUUGACCCCAGCAUCCAUGCAUGUUGGGCUUUCCAUGGGGCCGACCAGGAGUCGCUCUUAUCGAUCAUCAGGGAUCCAGUGUCGGGGUUUCAGCCCCUUAUUUCUGGCAGCCGCAACUCGCCAGUUUGGGGUUCGGGCACCUACUUCGCUAGAGACGCAAAGUACGUGGCAGAUGGGCAGUUCUGCCCUCGGCGGAGGGAUGGCUCGAGAUGUAUGCUGCUCUGCUUGGUAAUGCUUGGAAUGCCGUGUCUUGGGGAUCCAAACCAGAAGGGCGUGCUACCCUUCCGGCAGAAGCCGCAUCGCUACAACUCGGCGGUUGACUCCCUGUCCAGCCCCGAGGUUUACGUUACGCAAAUGGUGGGCUCAGCCCUUAGCAUGCUUACACUGGCCGCUGUACAUACCGCGUGGUUGCGGCGGCGGGUAGAUGCCCAGCUGCCGACAGUCACUGGAGCGGGACGAGAUGACAUUGAGGGUCCCGCUCAUCUGGCUGCCCGCGCAGCCCCGCGCAGCCUCGAUUUUUGCGGCCACGCCCACCAAGUGGCGGCUUCCAUCCGAGAAGCCUUGUGGCACGCACAGGUCGUCAUUGGAGCAGUCUUCAUGGAGGGAAGCCACUAUGCCUUCCCUCCAUCUAGCCAUUGGUCGGAGCAGCGACUGUAUGCCCUGCUGACCACCGGCCAGCCUUCUCCUGUUGACAUUCUCGUCGCAGAGCUUGCUGACACCUUGCACAUCACGGUGGAGCAGGCACGUCGAGAGGCUGAGACUCACCUGGACCUUGCUGGCAUCCUGAACCAAGGAGGGGCCAGCCCCAGUGGAACUCCCUUCAUCCGCACCGUGGGCCAAACCCCAAAGGCAUCGCUUCUGAAUUGGGGCUCCCCACCUACGUCUCCUACGGGUCAGGAGGUGAUUCACCGCACACGACGGAGAGCCCGUACAGAGGGGCACCUGCAGGUGCCCCUCUCGCCAGGGAGCCCUCCACAAGCGGAUGUGAAGGUUGAGAUCAAGCCCAUCAUCUCCUCAAAAAUCACAGUGGCGGUCGUGGCUCCAGGUGCUGGCACGGGCAUCAACGGUGCCAUCUACUCGGAGCUGGGUCGGAAUCCCUCUUUCAAGGUUGAAGUUGUGGGACGGUCCCGAGCUGCCUACGACGUCUAUCCGCCGUGUUGGCCGCACGGGGCUCCUGCACCAAACCUGCAGAGCUUUGCUGACGAGGUGCUGGAGACCCGAGUGCACGCCCAAGUUCAGACGAUGGUAUUCGGCUCGCGUGGUGGACAAGUGGUCUUGCCUCACAUGUGGCAGGCGGAGGCUCAGGGGCUCAUUAGCCCGGUGCCUCCGGUCGUGGUCAUCAACGGCGGCUGCGCCAUGAAGCUGCCAACUCCAGUUCACUGGCCGGACAAUGCCGUGUCCUUCCUGCUGAUUGGUGGGAACGAUAACUUCAGGGGACGCCUGAGCAUGGAGGAGUACGUGACAGAGACAAGGAGUCAUGUCCCGGCUGUCAACAAGACUACAGCCAUUUUAUUCGUCAAUGAGAUGACACAUAUGCCGCAGCAGCCCUUGUUGCGAGGAGUGCUGAAGUUGAUGCUGAAGGCGAUUUCAUCCUGGAAGGCGGAUGGCAAGGUGCCCUUGCAGUACUUCCGUGACAUCCUGGCUUUUUUGAGACAGGAUGGCUGGAGCGGAAGGCUCCUUUACACCACAACAGCUGGAGCUUGGGAAGACAUCGCAUUCAGCUCUUUCGACAUCGACAAGCUGCAGGUGCAGGGUGUGGUUCCCGUCCAUGACGAGUCGCUCGCCCCAGAGUUCACCGCCAAGGACGAAGUCAAGGCGCUCUGGCGAGCGGCAGUGGUGGCUGCCACUGGUCCAAGCAAGGCCACACGCCUGUCCCAGGUGGUCAAGGCUGCUGCGGACAAGACCGAGACCCAG